CCCAAGACUCGAACCAGGUCGGACACAACAGGAAAAAUUCGGGAGACGCAGGUUAGGACCUGACCCGUGGGGGAGAAAACCACCGGAGUGGUUGGGUAUCCAUCGCACUACCGGUGAAGCCCCAUGACCCAGUUUAGAGUAGUUUACCCGGAUGGUCGAAGGAUAUGAAGAGUUUGAGAAUUUCUGGGAAGGACUUAUGGCUUCCAAAAUCUCAGGGAAGGACUUUCCGGCAAAUAUAAAUACUCCCCCCUCCCUCCCUCUCACAGUCUCACCCUAAUCAUCACCGCCUCCCAUUCCACAUUUUUAUUUUAUUUCUUCUCUUUCUUUAAAUACAAAGAAUUGUGGGGGCCAAUUUGCAAUUAUCUUCUAUCUCCUUUUUUUUCCCCUUCAGGAUGACUCUCAUCAUUGAUGACCAGAUUUCCCAGUUCGGAAUUGAGGUUGAGGAAAAGAAGAUCCAUGGAAAUGAAACGGAAUUGGGCUUUGGCGCCGGUUUUUUGGUUCCACAUACUAAUUCUUUCGGCCACAAUUUUCGGGAUUAUGAGGCCGACAGUGAAAGACAAGAAGGGGUGGAGAAUUUCUACAGGAUCAACCACGUCAACCAAACAUAUGAUUUCGUGAAGAGGAUGAGGGAAGAGUACUGGAGAUUGAACAGGAUGGAAAUGAGCAUUUGGGAGUGCUGCGAGCUCCUAAACGACGUCGUCGACGACAGUGAUCCCGACCUGGACGAACCCCAAAUUCAGCACUUGUUACAAACAGCUGAAGCCAUUAGGAAAGAUUACCCUAAUGAAGAUUGGCUCCACUUGACUGCACUCAUCCAUGAUCUUGGGAAGGUUCUUCUCCUACCUAGCUUUGGAGGGCUACCCCAAUGGGCAGUUGUAGGUGACACAUUUCCAGUUGGGUGUGCUUUUGAUGAAUCCAUUGUCCAUCAUAAGUACUUUAAGGAAAACCCGGAUUAUCUCAACUCUGUUUACAAUACAAAGUAUGGGGCUUAUUCAGAGGGCUGUGGCCUCAACAAUGUCAUGAUGUCUUGGGGCCAUGAUGACUACAUGUAUUUGGUUGCACAAGAGAACGGAACGACUCUACCAUCACCCGCCCUCUUCAUUAUCCGAUACCACUCUUUCUAUGCACUACACAAGGCAGGAGCUUACAAACACCUAAUGAAUGAGGAAGAUAAAGAGAAUCUAAAGUGGCUUCUAAUCUUCAACAAGUACGAUCUUUACAGUAAGAGCAAGGAAACAGUUGAUGUCCAAAACGUUAAGCCCUAUUAUCUCUCUUUAAUCGACAAGUAUUUCCCUGCAAAGUUGAGGUGGUGAAAGCCAAGUGUGGGUUAAGGGCUAUGAUGUGUGUUGAAGAGAUUGAGAUAAUGUAUGAUGUGAUGAUCUCACAUGGAAUAAGCAGUGCACAUCUUCAAUGUCAUAUGGGCAGAGUACUUUAGUUGGUUCUUUCAUUGUGUCACAAUAUAUCUACUAUAGUAGUAUGCCAGCAUAAUGUAGUUGUUAUAUGUUUCACUUUCAUAUCAAAUAAAAAGUUUUAUUGCUUUGUCAAUUUAGUGUUUGGCAAAAAAAAAUCCCUUUGGAUCAUUGCCAAGUUAUAUCCAUGUUUUUUUCUGCUUUAGAAAAAAUGACUCAAAAUCAAUGGGCACAACUCUA